AAUGCAGUGAAAUGUCAAACAAAUACGAUUGGAGUGAAUACCAGACCAUUCAAUGCAAAUACGAUUUGAAGGCAAUUAAGAAAUGGUUUAAUAGUCUGACGGCUCUAUUGAACGGCGUUUGUCUCACCGAUGAGUACAUUGUCUUCACCGGUGUUAUGAAGAGGAUUACUAUACGCUUAAGAAACGCUAAAGUGUCCCGGAUCAUCAAACAUGCUAAUAAAUGUCUGAAAAGUUUCUUCGCUUUGAAAUUAUCAGAUGUAAUGAACGAUAAGAUGUCAUCACUUGUUGUGGAAAAUUAUGACAUAUCGAGCGGUCAUAUAGUGUUGCCGUUUAGACAACAAAUUGAAUCCGUUUUACAAGUGUUUGUGGAAAGUCUGCAAAUUCUCCGCAAAUUUAUACUCAUUUCGCAAAACGCCUUCAGUCACUGCACCCCUUGGCUUAGGACCGGACAUCUUGUGCCACAUUUCCUGAUGAUGUCGUCUUCGUUAUCACGGCUCAACGUUAUAUCGAAGGCUAUUAUAGUUUACAUCUCAGACCUCUAUUCGGCAUUAUUUGAACUCAAAGAUGGCUUAAGAGAGCAGAUCCUAAACUAUAAGGCCAAACCAAUUCUCGUCAAUUCACUCGACGACUAUUUAACUGAACUGAACAUCAAAUGUGCGAAACAUAAGAUAGAAACCAAUAGAUCGCAGCAAACAGAAGAUGUCGGAGUUGCGAUCGAAAGGAGUGAACCGAUAGAAAGUGCGGAAAGAGUUCCGGUUGUGACCAAAAAGAAGAAGAAACCAAAAACUAAAAACAAACUAAAACUCGAGCCGAAGAAGAGUACAAAUAAGACAACUAAACAUCAAAACAAAAGACCGAAACAGAGGCAGAAGUUUAAGCGAAAAAAUUAAUUAACUUUUUAAUCACGAAUACUC